UUGCCCUGCUCCCCCGUCUCUACAACACACGAGGCUCAGCUGCGCCAGCUAGCUGUCCGGCUAUCUCACUCACUCACUCACACACACACACAUACACUUUCACUCUCUUACCCGACGACAAAACUUGAUCUCCCCAGGAACUACACGACCUUCUCCGAACAAUUUCCCCCCUCCGAAUAUGCCCGGAAAGACACCUAACAGCAACGGGAAAGAACCCGUCGAGAACGGCGGCUAUCCUGGAAGCAAAGAUAUCGAGAUGAAGGACGACGCCUCGUCACUCAAGGGCAAGGGCAAGAAGGGUGUCAAGGACGGCGACGAGGAGAUGACUGUCGUCGUGCCUAUGUCUAAGAAGCAGUCCUCCGUUCCCCCACCAAACGACGCCGAUGGUGACGUGAACAUGGACAAUGCCGAGGAGGACGGAGAGGCCGAGGUUGACCCUGCCGCCCAGACUGUAGCAGAUAUCAAGAGCAACUUCGCGCUGCUCGAUCGAGCUGUCGCCCUCUUCGAUGCCAGAUUCUCCCUGCGAGCGCUACGAUUCGUGUCCUCCAUCCGCAAGCGCCUGACCCCAGCCAUCCUUGCUCAGGUCAUCGUCGAGACCUACCCCGGCAACACACUCUCGUCCAGCGUCGCGCAGCAGCUUUUGAAGGCCCACGGCAGGGAACAGAUCCCCCUAGAAAGUCAGCUAGCUGCCCAGGCUGAAGCUGCUGCCGAUGGGAAAGUCAAAGCUCCCGCCGCUAAGAACGGCAGCAAGAAAGACACCAACACCGAGGUCAUCCCUGAGGUCGACAUCUUCCUGGGCAUCCUGAUCCAGGUCCACCUGUACGACAACAAGCACUUUGAGCGCGGCGCAGAGUUCUCAAGCUACCUGUGCGACCACAUUCGCGCUUUGAACCGGAGAACGCUCGACUCGCUGUCUGCCAAGGUGUAUUUCUACUACUCGCUGUUCUAUGAGAACAUUGCCCCUCUCCCUCCAUCGCCUCAGUCCCCCAUCAUCGCCAUCCGACCCACCCUGCUCGCGGCCCUGCGGACGGCGGUCCUGCGAAAGGACAUCGACGUCCAGUCCUCGGUCAUUGUUCUACUGCUUCGGAACUACCUGCUCACGUCGCACAUCAACCAGGCCGACCUGCUCGUCUCGCACACACAGUUCCCCGAGAAUGCCGCCAACAACCAGGUCGCGAGGUUCCUCUACUAUCUCGGCCGCAUUCGUGCGAUCCAGCUGCGUUACACCGAGGCUCACGAGCACCUGACCGCUGCUACCCGCAAGGCUCCGUCGAGUAUGUGCGCUCUCGGCUUCUCCCAGACCGCCACCAAGCUUCUGCUGGUCGUCGAGCUGCUGAUGGGUGACAUCCCCGACCGCGCGACAUUCCGUGUCGCCUCGAUGGAGCAGGCGCUGCACCCUUACUUUCUGCUCGUGCAGGCCGUGCGCGUUGGCAAUCUGGAGGACUUCGAGACGACCAUCGCGGACCACGCCGACACCUUCCGGCGCGACGGCACCUACACGCUGAUCCUGCGUUUGCGGCAGAACGUGAUCAAGACAGGUAUCCGCAUGAUGUCACUGUCCUAUUCACGCAUCUCCCUGCGGGAUAUUUGCAUCCGCCUGCAUCUCGGCAGCGAGGAGUCCGCAGAGUACAUCGUGGCCAAGGCAAUUCGUGACGGUGUCAUCGAGGCCACACUGGACCGCGAGCACGGGUUCAUGAAGAGCAAGGAGACAGGUGAUGUGUAUGCGACGCGUGAGCCGACGGAGGCGUUCCACGAUCGUAUCCGAGCCUGUCUUGCACUGCAUGACGAGAGCGUCAAGGCUAUGCGCUUCCCUAUGAACCAGCACCGCCUCGAGCUCAAGAAUGCACAGGAAGCUCGCGAGCGCGAGCGCGAGAUGGCUAAUGACAUACAGGAAGGUGAUUUGGACGAAGACGACCUGGGCGGUGAUUUCGACGGCAUCUAGACCAAACGACCAAGCAGCGGACCGACAGGAGAGAGCGCGUGCGAGAGCGGAAGGAAUAAGAUAAAGAGCAUGGUAGCAAGACGCUGGUACAACAACUUCAAGACCCUGUAAUAAAAUGAAAUACAUGUGUUAUUGGUUUCCUUUUUAUUUCGUUUCUCCUUUUCUGCCUCUCACCCCUCUAUUCCUUUCACACUGCACAUAUUGCCUUGAACCCAUCACAUUGUUGUCUGUUGGUUUUUUCAACGACACGGGUGGUUUGGCUCGGGCGGCUUUGAUGGUCGGCCUCUGGCAUGUUGCAUGCUUUUGCGCUGGCACAAGUUGAUUCUUGCAUCUGGCCUGUACAUUUCUUGUACCUUACCUGUUCAGGAACGAUCAGGGAGGUCCGAGGGAGAGGAACAGCCUCGAUUUUUCAAUUCACAGAGCAAGGGCAGCUGAGCAGAAGGGGCAUUGGAGGGAGGGGAAGCGAGCGCGCGCGCGAGAGAGACAGAGAGAGAGAGAGAGAGAGAGAGAGAGAGAACGAUGGUUUCGUUGGAAUUGCUAGUACUGGGUUUGAUAGAUGGGAUGGGAAUUCGGUGUGGAUGCUGCUUUUGGAUGGGAGGCAAUGGGGCUUGCUUCUUGUAACGGGCGAGGGGGGACGCAAUGGAUGAUUUCAGCUGAUAGGCAAAGCAUCCAGAUUAUCUUUUACGGGUGAGCA